AUGAAGAGGAAGAUAAGUAGUGUAAACACUCUGUACCAGCAGAGUACAUCAACACAGAUUAAGUUUAACAGAAUCGACUUGUUACGUGUUCAAAUUCCUUAUGAGGAUUCGUUAGUCGUCAGUUUGACAAUAGCAGAAUGCCUGGUACGACGAGUCCUGAUUGAUCCUGGAAGUAGCGUGAAUGUUAUGCCAAGGGACACGUUCGAUCAGCUCGAAAUAAAACCCGAGAGGCUAAAGCCUACUGCAAAUCCCUUGCUAGGGUUUGAUGGAAAACGGGUUGAACCUAUCGGGUGGAUUUACAGAGUUCAGGGUGUUCCCUCAACUCUGCACCAGGUAAUGAGGUGCCUGGGGCCUGACGGAAAUAAGAAUGGAGAUGAGGAGCCUAUGGACCUAACUGAAGAGCCCCUUGCUAAUGUGAAGAUCCACUAUGACAGGCCAGAGCGAACAACCAGAGUGGGAAUAAGAUUUGCCGAAGAAGAAAAACGUCAUUUAGACAUGCCUGGAAUCAGUCCUUCUGUAUCCUGUCAUUCCCUUAACGUUAAUCCGACCGUGAAACCUAUAAGGCAGAAGCAGAGAAGGUUCACCCCAGAACGCAACCAGAUUAUAGCCGAGGAAGUUGAUAGGUUACUUGAUGCAACAUUCAUUAGCGAAGUACAUUACCCAGACUGGGUCUCAAAUGUUGUCGUUAUGCAAAGAAAAAUGACAAAUGGCGAGUAUGUAUUAACUUUACCAAUUUAA